AUGCUGGUGCAGCUGGAGUUAGCUGUUAGAGUUUUGGGUUGUCUGCUGGUGCAGCUGGAGUUAGCUGUUAGAGUUUUGGGUUGUCUGCUGGUGCAGCUGGAGGUAGCUGUGAGAGUUCUGGGUUGUCUGCUGGUGCAGCUGGAGUUAGCUGUGAGAGUUCUGGGUUGUCUGCUGGUGCAGCUGGAGGUAGCUGUGAGAGUUCUGGGUUGUCUGCUGGUGCAGCUGGAGUUAUGCGUUCGAGUUCUGGGUUGUCUGCUGGUGCAGCUGGAGGUAGCUGUUAGAGUUCUGGGUUUUCUGCUGGUGCAGCUGGAGGUAGCUAUGAGAGUUCUGGGUUGUCUGCUGGUGCAGCUGGAGGUAGCUGUUAGAGUUCGUGGGUUGUCUUCUGGUGCAGCUGGAGGUAGCUGUUAG